GUCAGAAUUCAAUUAAUGCUGGCCCAAUCACAACAAGCCAUGUCGCCUGGAAUAAACAAAGCUUGAAAGCUUUAAACUGUCUCACAAAAUCCAGUUAUUUGCAUACAGUACGUGAAACAAUAAGAGUAUCCACAAAGAAAAUGAAGACCACCUGUGUUUGGCUCUGUUUCCUCUUGCUAUUCAUCCAGAAGAAGGCUUUCGCUUGCAAGGGUUGCGUGACCAUCGACGAGAAGAGUUUCGCUAAACUGGUACCCAGAUUCCAAGCCACUCUAGUCAAGUUCGACAUCGCCUAUCCGUACGGUGAAAAGCACGAUAAGUUCGUCGCCUUUGCCGGCGAGCACAGCGAUCACACAGAUCUGCUGAUCGCAGAGGUAGGCGUCAAGGAAUACGGUGAUAAGGAGAACGAGGAGUUCGCCAAGCAGCAGGGAAUCGAUGUGAAGAAGUUGCCGGCAAUAAAGUUGUACUUGGGUAAAACUGGAGAGUCUUUCCAAUUUCGGGAUGAGAUCAGCUCGGAAGCGCUGCACAGAUUCAUCAUGGACCAUACCGAUUUGCACCUGGUGCUGCCCGGUUGCGUAGAGGCCUACGAUAAGUUGGCCAUGAAAUUCGCGAACGGCGAGCAGAAGGAAGCACUGCAGCAGGCCGAGGAUUUGCAGCAGGAUAAGGAAGAUGUCACUGGUAAAAUAUACGUUAAAUACAUGAAGAAAAUUAUGGAGAAUAAGGAGUUCGUACAUAACGAACGCGCCCGAUUGAAUAAGAUCAUCAAGGGUGGGAAGCUCGCGGCGAAGAAGAAGGAAGAUCUGACGAAACAUUUGAACGUUUUGUAUUCUUUCCGGGAUACCACCAAAGACGAACUCUGAAUCCUAUUUAAAAAUCAACUGCACUGAUUUUUACAGAUCUUUAUAUAAUUAGCACCUGUGUUACUAUAUCAUUAUUUCUA